AUGGCAAUUGCAAUUAAAGAGGUAUUUCCGAAUUCUCCUCAUCGUCUGUGUCUUUGGCAUAUCAUGAAGAAACUUCUAGCAAAAUUAGGUGGUCAUGCCCAAUACAAAAUGAUAAAGAAGCAAUUGAAGAACAUUGUUUAUAACUCACUUACAAUUGAUGAGUGUGAUGAGAAUUGGUUGAAAAUGAUUGAGGAAUUUAAUUUAGAGAACAAUGAUUGGUUGAAAUCUUUAUAUAAAGAACGGAAUACAUGGAUACCUGUAUAUGUUAAAGAUCAGUUUUGGGCAGGUAUGUCUACAUCUCAAAGAAGUGAAAGUAUGAAUGCAUUUUUUGAUGACUACGUCCAUUCUAAAACAUCCUUGAAGCAAUUUGUUGAGCAGUAUGAUAGUGCUUUGAAGAAAAACAUUGAGAAUGAAAAACAUUUGAAUUUUGUUUCUUUUAAUUCUAUCAUGCGAGUUAUUCUUGGUCAUCCUAUUGAAAGACAAUUUCAAAAUGCCUACACUAACAACUUAUUUAAGUUGUUCCAAGAUGAAAUAAGAGAGUUGAUGUUUUGCAAUGCCUCUUUGUUGAAAGAAGAUGGGACAACUUUAAUAUUUGAAGUAGUAGAAACUAUGUUGGAAAAAAAUGGAGAAUCUGUAAGAGAAGUUUCCUUUAGGGUUCAUUAUAUGGAGAUAGAUUGCCAAUUGAAGUGUGUGUGUCGUCUAUUUGAGUUUCGGGGAAUUUUAUGUAGGCAUGUGAUCAAAGUAUUAAUAAGAAUGAAGGUGAUUGAGGUUCCUAAGAAUUACAUUAUUGACCGAUGGCGUAAAGAUAUUAAGCGUGAGUAUCAAAGUAUCAGUAACAUCUAUGAUGAUUAUGGUUGUGAUGGAGAAAGACAUCGGUAUAAUAUUCUCACUCCAUUAAUACAAGAGGUUCAACAACUUGGCGCAAAAAAUGACGACAAUUUUUCUGUUUUGGUGGAAAUCUUGAAAGACACGAAGGAAAAACUGAUUGCAGGUGAUCUUGGGCAUUCAAGGGUUGAACAACUGGAAAAAGUAUCUACAUUCGGUGCAAAAAUGAUACACUCUCCAUUAAAAGUAAGAUCUCGAGGUCGUCCACCCACAAAGAGGAAACAAUCAAAGAUUGAACAAAUUGUGAAGAAAUCAAUUGCAAAUGCCCGAAAGAAGAUCAAAUUCCUGCUUCUACAGAUCAUGCCAUCUCUGGUGACUUUUGGAAGAACAUGGCAAAAAGGUGAUGCUUCUGGAAGGUCAAAACAAAGUAGGAGCGAGAAGAAGAGCCGGAGGGCUAUGCUGAAGCCCAGUAUGAAGCCAGUACCUGGUGUCAACUGCGUAACACUAAAGAAGAGCAAGAAUGAUGAUGAAGAGGUCGAUGAGGCUGGUGUCGAGCCAAAGGACAUCGAAUUGGUGAUGACCCGGGCUGGGGUUCCCAGGUCCAGGGCUGUUAAUGCGCUCAAAGCUGCCAAAGGUGAUAUCGUCACUGCAAUCAUGGACCUUACAAAUUAG